GUAGCUCCACAUGCGCCGCGGCGCUCCGUAGCCUUCACCGGGCACACCGGCUCCAGUCUGCAGGCAUGUCGGCCGGUGGCUCUGAUGGGACAGUGGACAGGCCAGCAGAUCCUGCAGAAGAGGAGAAAGGCCAAGCGAGCCAGGCCGGCCCCUCGCUGCCAGCUGUCGAGCUGCCAAGGAAACGAAAGGGAGUUGUGGAGAAGUCAGACACCCAUGUACAGCAAAGCCUCGACUUUCAAAUGGAAGAUGACCUCAGCAGAUCUGAAGGAGACGAUCAGCAAGUCAAAAUGAAAUGCUUCAGGGAGCCUCACCGCCAGAUCGAGAAGCGGCGAAGAGAUAAAAUGAACAACCUCAUCGACGAGCUGUCUGCCAUGAUCCCUGCCUGUCAGCCCAUGGCUCGAAAACUCGACAAACUCACUGUGCUGCGAAAGGCUGUCCAACACCUGAAAGCCCUCAAAGCUGGGACGAGCAGCGCCUUUACUGACACCGCCUACAAGCCUUCCAUCCUGCCUCAUGAUGACCUCAGGCACCUUCUGCUCAGGGCUGCAGACAGUUUCCUGUUAGUUGUAAGUUGUGACCGAGCGAAAAUCCUGUUCAUCUCUGAGUCCGUCUCCAAGAUCCUCAACUUUAGUCGGGUGGAGCUGACUGGGCAGAGCCUGUUUGAUUUCAUCCACCCCAAAGACAUCAACAAGGUGAAGGAGCAGCUGUCGUCCUCAGAGAUGUACCCCCGCCAACGCCUCAUCGACGCGGCAACUGGAGCUCAGGUCCAGGCGGACUCCCCCGCCAGGGUGUCCCACCUGUCAACUGGGUCUCGGCGAUCCUUCUUCUGCCGCAUGAAGCACAGUCGGGUGACGGGGAAGCAGGAGGAGAAACGCUCGCUGCCCAGUAUUUCCAAAAAGAAAGACACAUACAGAUACUGUACCCUCCACUGCACUGGAUACAUGCGGAGUUGGCCGAGCAGCCAGCUGGACCCGGAGGGCGACUCCGAGAAAGAACCAAACCUGACCUGCCUGGUGAUGGUGUGCCGCCUCCACCCUCACGUGCCCCACCACCCUUCCAAAGACAUCAACGUCAAGCCCACUGAGUUCAUCACCCGCUGUGCGAUCGACGGCAAGUUCACUUUUGUAGAUCAACAAGCCACAACAGUCAUUGGUUAUUUGCCACAGGAAGUUCUUGGCACGUCGUGUUACGAGUACUUCCACCAGGACGACCUGCAGCACCUCGCAGAGAAACACAGGCAAGUUCUUCGAAGCAAAGAGAAGAUUGAGACGCAGUGUUACAAGUUCAAAACAAAAUAUGGCUCCUAUGUUUCGCUGCAAAGUCAGUGGUUUAAUUUCACAAAUCCAUGGACCAAAGAAGUUGAGUUUAUCGUGUCUUCAAACAGGGUCAUCUCCAGGGGGCCUGGUCACACAAAGGAUGAUGAGGAGGCAGGCAGCUCAAAAGCACUUCAGGAAGACACAAAGCAUAUACCUGUAAUUCCUGGCCUUUCCAGUGGUUUGGGCCCAAUGAUCUACGCAGGCAGUAUAGGGACCCAAAUCGCAAAUGAGCUCAUCGACUCCUACAGGUUGAACUCGUCUCCAUCGAGCGGAGCUUCCAGUCCGUUUGGCCCGGUCCAGGAGAAAUGUCCACUGGUGUCCCCAAAUACCAGCAGGAGUGCAUCCAGCAGAGAGGACGCAGCAGGCAGUUCAUCACAGUCCCAGUCUGACUCGAGGACAGCAGCGGGCGCUAGCAGUGCAGCUUCUGAAAGUACAGGUGAGCCGUCCCAGCUAGACCUGGACAGCAUGGUGGUGCCAGGCCUGAGCAGCUUCAGCAGUGAUGAGGCAGCCAUGGCCGUCAUCAUGAGCUUGUUGGAGACGGAUGUAAACAUGGGUCAAUCGGGGGACUUUGAGGACUUACACUGGCCUUUCUAGGGGGCGCACAGACUUUCAGCCUCUCUGCGAUCUCUUGUGCCGUUUUCUUGCCAUUUGCAGAGAACUUGGGCAUUUAGUUGUUCAUUUUUGUGACCGACUGAUCUGGCCUUGCACAAGCGAACCCACUGGAUCCAAGAGAAACCAGCUGCAGACACAGGAUGGUAGACCUCAACCAUGGAGGAAUACAUGACUCCAGUGCAGUUUUUGUCCUUUUAGUGUGGAGACAAUAGCGAACCCAGCCGAUUAGUGCACCAUAGUUCGAUUGUUGAAAAAGAAGAAUCUAAAAACUUGAUGCACAGUGAUCCACUAACCUAGAUGUCCAAACAAGGAGAGGUGAUAUACCAAAUGUUGUUCAAUGAAAAUUGAGGAAAAACAAUGUUUCUUUCUAUUAUUUUGUUUAGUUCUUUGACUUAAACUUUCUGGGAGAAUGUAGCUCACUAUUACUUUAGCUAUUUGGUUGUGGUAAAUAAGGCCAAUAUAGCCUGCUAUUUGUAACAUUAUGGGUAAGAUGGGACAUCGCUUAGUAUGUUACCUCUCCUUGGUCCUUGUUUGAACAUCUAAGUUAGUAGAUUGAGUGCUUGUAAAGGUCUAGAACAUUAUAUUCAUCUUCAAUAUGGUAACAAUAAUACUUAAAGAUCUCAUAACUAUAUUAACAAUAAAACAGUAAUAUAUCCAUAUCUAUCCAAGGAAUAGACUCAGAUUUAAGUAAGAUUUAAAUAACUGCUAUUUCUGUGGAUAUUAUAUUUAAAUAUCUGAACUGAAGCUGUAGAUUUAAUAAAACGUGGUCUAAAGAAAUUAAUAUGGAACAUUUUACAUUCAAGAAUAUUUAUUAUGG